CCGCUGGGGAGGGCGGGGGGAGAAGGUAGCCCUGUCUCGGAUUACCGCGGUCUAGAGGCCGCGCCUAAGCAGAGGGGCGGGUCCUGGGGGCGGAGUCUAAGGCGGAGCCGCAUCCAAAGCUCCGCCCCCAGGGGCCCGGGUUGUUCCCUCAUUCCUUCUUCCAGCUGGGCAGACUGUGGGUGGGGGGGGGGGGGGGGGGAAGGAAGAUUCCGGGGCCUGAUGUCACGUGGGUUACCUCUCCUCCUCCUCCUCGUAUUCUCCUGGGCCCCUCCCCCAGGCAGCCUUCCCUGUAGCUGGCGUCUUCCUGGGGCUGCCUGUCAAGUGUUCUUUGUCCCUAGGGAGGUGUCCGCCUGAAGCCAGCGCCCCGCCCCCGGAGAAGUGCCCGUGGCCUUGUGGCUCGCCCCUUUCUCCCCCCACCCCCCCGCCAUCCGGGGUCCUCCUCGAUGAGAAAAGGAGUUUCUCAUGGGCCUCCUUUCCUCCCCAGGACCUCGGCCUCUGGCGGUCUCUUUUCUGCCCCCGAGGAGAAGGAGGCCAUGGCCCCCGUAGUGACCGCCGAGCCCGGCCGGAAAUCAGUGACAUUCCAGGAUGUGGCUGUGGAAUUCACCUGGGAGGAGUGGGAACAUUUGAACGCAUCUCAGAAAAAUUUGUACAGGGAGGUGAUGCUGGAGAACUAUAGAAACUUGGUCUGUUUGGGAUUUGCAGUUUCCAAACCAGAUGUGAUCAACCAAUUGGAAAUAAAGGAAGCAUCUUGGAUGCCAGAGCCAGAUAUUCCAGGAAGCAGCUAUCAAGAGACCAAAGAAUUUCCUGAAGAGAAACUUUACGAAAGUUGUGACUGUGGGAAGGCUUUUGGGAUAAAGAACUAUCUCACUGUGCAUCAAAGAAUUCAUUCUGGAGAUAUUCUUUAUGAGUGUAAGAAGUGUGGGAAGACCUUCCAUUUCAACUCAGAUCUUAUUGAACAUCAAAAAAUUCAUACUGGAGAAAUAUCUCCUAUAUAUAAUGAAUGUGGAACAUCUUUUGGACAGAAUCCACAAUCUUAUAUCUAUCAGAGGAUUCAUAACAUAGAGAUUCUUCAUGAAUGUAAGGAGUGUGGGAAGACCUUCCAUUGCAAUUCAGCUCUCAUUCAACAUCAAAGAAUUCAUACUGGAGAGAAGCCUUAUGAAUGUGCAGUAUGUGGGAAGGCCUUCUGCCAGAAUGCAAAUCUUAUUGUGCAUCAGAGAAUUCAUACUGGAGAGAAACCUUAUAAAUGUACAAUAUGUGGGAAGGCUUUCUGUCAGAAUACAAAUCUUAUUGUGCAUCAGAGAAUUCAUACUGGAGAGAAACCUUACAAAUGUACAGUAUGUGGGAAGGCCUUCUGCCAGAAUGCAAAUCUUAUUAUGCAUCAGAGAAUUCAUACUGGAGAGAAACCUUAUGAAUGUAAUGAAUGUGGAAGAGCCUUCAGGAAGAAGGAAUAUCUUACUGUCCAUCAGAGAAUUCAUACUGGAGAGAAACCUUAUGAAUGUAGUGAAUGUGAUAAAGCCUUCAGGAUGAAGGAGUAUCUUCAUGUACAUCAGAGAAUUCAUACUGGAGAGAAACCUUAUGAAUGUAGUGAUUGUGGGAAGGCUUUCAGGUGUAAGAGACAACUUACUCUGCAUCAGAGAAUUCAUCCUGGAAAGAUUCUUGAUGAGUGUAAGGAAUAUGGGAAGAUGUUCCAUUGUAACUCAGAUCUUAUUCAUCCUCAAAGAAUUCUUGCUGAAGAGAAAUCCUACAAAUCCAGUGAAAGUGAAAAGGCCUUCAAGAUGAAGCCACAACUUAAUCUAUACCAGAGAAUUCAUACUGGAGAAAUUCUUCAUGAAUGUAAGGACUGUGAGAAGAUUUUCCUCUGCAACUCAAAUCUUAUUCAACAUCAGAGAAUUCAUACUAGAGAGAACCUUUAUGAAUGUAGUGAAUGUGGAAUGGGCUUCAAGUGGAAGGCACAUCUUACUGUGCAUCAAAGAAUUCAUACUGGAAAGAUUAUUCAUGAGUGCAAGGAGUGUGGGAAAGCCUUCCAUCACAACUCAGUUCUUAUUCGACAUCAAAGAAUUCAUACUGGAGAGAAACCUUAUCAGUGUAAUGAAUGUGGGAAGUGUUUUAGGAGGAAAGCACAUCUUACUGUCCAUCAGAGAAUUCAUACUGGAGAGAUUCUUUAUGAAUGUAAGGAGUGUGGGAAGGCUUGCCCCUACAACUCAGAACUUAUUCGACAUCAAAGAAUUCAUACAGGAGAGAAACCUUAUGAAUGUAAUAUAUGUGGGAAGGCCUAUAGGAUCAAAGGACAUCUUACUGUGCAUCAGAGAAUUCAUACUGGCAUGAUUCUUUCUGGAUGUUAGUGAUUUCCAUCAAAACUCAGAUCUUAUUCAACAUCAGAGAAUUCAUACUGGAUAGAAUCUUUAUGAAUAUUCUACCUUUAAAAGGAAGUUACAUCUUACUGUGCAUCAGAGAAUUCAUAUAGGAGAGAUUCUUUGUGAAUGUAAGGAGAGUGGGAAAAGCCCCUAAAUGAUUAGAUUCUGAUUCUGAUUCCCUACAUGAAAUUCAGGGAGUUCUUAUUUAGCCCCCAUGAGAGAAAGUCAUAGUUCUAUCCUCUACAGAGGCCUGUAAGGGAGGCAAAGAUUUAGUGUUUUCCUGAGGGAGGGAGAAGUUAUGCUGCCAAAGGAUGAAGAUGAUGAUAAGUGGACGGUAGUAUUGGGAGAUGGACAGAGGGCAGCUAUGAGGUUGUCCCAACUUAUAAUAUUUUAUAAAGCAGUUUGGAAUAAUCAGGGCCCAAUACAUAAUUCUUCAAAUUCUGUCAUUCUUUUGACUGGGUCUCUUUUUCUUUUCUUUCUUUCUUUCUUUUUAAUUAAGAUUUUAUUGGCAUGUCUCAAAAUACCAUCAAAAGCCCUAAAUUAUGCAAUUACACAAUUACACAAGAGACCCAGUCAAAAGAAUGACAGAAUUCCUAUUUCUUUAAGAAGUAAUGAGAAGUAAAUAAUAUUCCAAUAUUUCAGUCUGAAGCCCAAUUCUUCAGAGGUAGCAAAACUAGCAAUAGUUGAAUCAUUUUGUGUAAAAACUUAAGGAAAAAAAUGGAGGAGGAAUUUAACUCUUUUUCUAUCAAUGCAAUAUGUUUCUGACCUUUGUAAAACAGUAAUCAGAAAGUACAUCUCCUUAUGAGCUAGCAUACAGUGCAAGAUAAAUCCAAAAGACAGUAGCAAAUAGCAUUUGAUUUGAGUUUUCCUCCAUAAUAUUUUCUUUUGGUAUUAUCUUUUCAAAACCACUCUCCUUUCUAAGUUAAUAGUGGAAACUCUAUAAUUUGGACCUUUCUCCUAAAGAAGCUAAACCCAUUUAUCAUAGCUUCUUUUUAAAAUUUUUUGUAAUAAUAGUUUUGAUUUUCAAAAUACAUGCAAAGAUAGUUUUCAAGAUUCACCCUUGCAAAACCUUGUGUUCCAAAUUUUUCUCCCUCUUGUAUGAAUAAGAACAUUUAUGGUAUGGUUCAGAUUCACAUUUACAAUAAGACACACAAGAAAAAGAAGAUAGAUGUUUUAAUGAUUUAUAGAAAAGGCAAAUGCAUAGGCAAUUUGCAGUAACAGCAACAAUAGCUAAAAGCCUUAAUACUAAUGUAAUUCUAGCAAUACUAAUGUAAAUAUAAAAAGUAGUAAAAAAAAAAAUUGCCAAUUCAGGGGAGCACCAACUCCUGAGUCUUUCAUCUGGGAGAUCCCAGAUUCCAAUUCUCAGGUUCCCCAAUGGGAAAAUCCCAGGCAGAAAAUGGGUGAGAUUCCAAAGCUAGUAAGGUAUCACAGUCAUUUAAAUAGUUGGAACAAAGAAGGCACUGUGUGUAGGGAUUGUGUUAUGGUUCCUCACUUGGGUCUGGCCUAAAUCCAAGUGAUGCUCCUUUAAUGGAACUUGGCCGAGUUUCUGCAAAAUAUUUGAGGAGAGCAAUCGGGAGGUCGGCCAUCCUCCUACCUCACAAUCUUUUCUGGCUCACAGCCCAUCCCCUGUUCCUCAGUUCUCAGGAUUUAAUUGGAUUGGUGCUCAAAUGUGUUUCUUUAGUGGGGCAGAUAUUUUCUUUAGGCAUUGGAGUCACCCAGAAGAUACGACAGCUUUCAGGUUGGGCCUGUACAGAGACUUGGAAGAACUUCUAAUCUAUAUUAAUCAUUCAUCUCCCUUCCCCUAUACCCCUCCCCAAACAGCAAGUAAUCCAAUAUACAUUAUAUAUGUGCAAGUCUACUAAACAUUUUUCCACAUUUAUCAUGCUGCACAAAGAAAAUCAGAACAAAAAGGGAAAAAAUGAGAAACAAAAUAAGUAACAAGGUGAAAACAAUAUGGUGUGAUCCAUAUUCAGUCACCAUAGUACUCUUUCUGUAUGCAGAUGGCUCUCCAUCAAAAUUAUGUUGGAAUUGACCAAUCAGAUCUUCUUAAUGAUAUCUGUUCUUGCUAGAUGAAUUUUUAUUACAUAUUUUUCUCUUUAUAAGGGAAAAAGACAGAAAAAUUCCUUAUUUUUCUUCUAAAUAAUGUAACAGAUGAAGAUCUGCUGUGGAUUUUAAGCCAAAAUUUGUUUUCUGGAUUGCAAAUGAACUCUGUUAAUGCAAAUUUGUUUUUAUUGGGCAUAUAAUCUUUUUAAAAUAGCUUUUUAUUUUUCCAA